AUGCUUGAUGUUGCGACGAAGAAGGUGCUACGAGAAAUACCCGGUGGCCGCGAUAGUGGCGUUGGUCAUCAAUUCCGUCAGCUCUCCGGACUGGGAAACAACCACACCCGCAGGGCCACGAGCAGUUGUUCUGACAACCUCUACGACAACGACGACCACAACUACUACGACCCCUCCUCCUCCACCGCCUCCUCCUCCUACUCCAUCGACAACCGCGCCGGCGCCUACGAGCUCCGCCUACAUCAAGCGAGGCCAACCACCAGAGGUCGACCCGUUAAGCCCCAGUGCCUGGAAGGCUGCCGAAGCAGGAAACUGCGGCUCAAAGAGCACACGCUGUUCACCACCGAGCAGGCAACAGAGGCAUCAACUACUGCCCAUCCUACGAGAAAGUUUGGCGUGACCCGUCGUCAGCUUCCACCCCUCGUUCGCGGCUAUAGGAGCAAACCGACCAAGAGCACGCCGCCUACGACCACGCCACCGAGGAGGGCUUACGUGAGACCCGCGUUAUCUGGGAGAAAGUACACUCCAGCGAUUCCACGUCGACCUGUGCUGGCGACGUCCACCAGCACCACGUCUUCCUCUACAAGUAGUUCGUCGACAACGACUACAACCUCGACGAGGCGGCCUUUCGUCUUCGGUGAGCGCAAGGUUCCCUCCUGGUAUGGCCAGACGAGCACGAGCACAACCACGACGUCAACUACCCGCCCGCUGCUGUCAACACCGCUCGCCAGACUGGGUCGUAGGCCACCGGGUCUGCGCUACAAGCCCGACGACUUGUCGCCAGGGUUCGGGCCUCGACCAAGGUUGUCCCUGCGUCCUCUGCCGUCAGUGAUUAGGGACGCCGUGCCUCAAACAGUCGAGAAGGACGAGUUGGAGCUAUCUCAGUCGGUUCAAACGCCAAAUGGGCGAAGGCGCCUGGUCAAUGACGUUCCCGCAAGGGUACAUUUAGUGAAGGGUCAGCUACCCGAUCUACCAACGCCACAAAUAGCGCACAACGAGACAGAGACCAUUAAGUAUGAAGGCAGGCAAGGAGGCUCCGAUGAAGGCGGCGAAGUUGUACGGUUUGUGGCAAUACCACAUUUCGUGGAAGGAAACACCCCGUCGAGGAGGGCCGAUUUCAAGGAAAGUUCGAGGGUUCCUUUCAGAAGGAUCUUCAGAAAUCCUUUUGUGGUUCCAGUAAGAAGAAGGUUCCCUUACGCCGGGCCCGUGGCCGUGUUCCCGCCCUCCCUGUCCUCCAUUGAAGACAGCAGCAGCCAGGACGAAGAGGUUAUCCGCAUUCCGGUGCAGAGGCCAGAGAGUGGCGCCUUCCCAGCACUGCAACCGCCCCCUGCCCUGCCGCUGCGAGUGGUGCGGCCGACGUAUCCGGGAGCUGUGGGGCACCAGGCUAGCGCAGCCGUGGCGCCGGUGCCGCCUACAGGCAACGCCGUCCACGAGUCGGCGUUCGCGCAGCCGCGGCCGCCCAUGACUCUGGGUAGUGCCAACCUGCCCAGUCGCGUGAGCCGUCCCAAGCCGGAGGAGCCACGCUGCGACCGCUUCUCCGAAGACAUCUGCCUCGACGACUUCGAGUACCCAACGGCGGCCAUUCUGGACACGAUCAGCCGGCAGCGAGCGCGCUUCGACACCAUGUACGCGGAGGUCCGUGAUCGGAGCCCCCAGGUGGACGGCGUGACGCGCAAGCAGGAAGAACGCUACACGCUGCGCCACUACUUCGGUGGCGCCGAGCGUGACAGCCGUCCACGGGACUACGCACCCGACGGCGGGUUCCUGUGCCCGUCGGAGAUCCUAUACGAGCGGCCGCGCCGGGCCCGCAACCAUCUGGGCGUCUGGAAGGUCAUCGUGAACAUUGGCGAGUACCGCCAGACCAUGCGCCUGGAGAAGUGCCUGAGACCGAAUCGGCCAUGCUCGUACGUGCUGGAGAAAUACCAGAGUUCGUGCAGCCAAGUGUACAGCUACCAGCGUCUGCUCACCUUCGAGAAAGGCAAAGGGCUGCACAUUGACAUAUUCCGCGUCCCGUCAAGCUGCUCCUGCCACGUGAAGGGCUUCAGCCCGUUCCAACGCCACGACGAGCCUGCCACACCAAUACGCCAACAGCCACCGUUCGAGUACGACCGGACCGCGUACACCAGCGCGACUAGCCUGGCAGCCGCCAAAGAGCCCGACAAUGGCGGCGGGAGGGCGAACAAUACGCUGUGGAUAAUCUUGGGUAACGGGAAAGACCUCGAUCCGGAAACCAAGGCUCGACUAGUGCAGCAGCUGAGGCAGUACCCGCAGCUGGCCGAGCAGUUGCCUCAAGGAGAGAAUGUCCGCGAGCUAGUGAACGAGGCGGACGAGUACCAGAGGCCGUACACGCGGACCGAGCCGACGAGGACGCCCGGUUACGGGGUCCACCACUACGGCAGCACCCACAAGACGCGAGAGGAGAGGCCGCAGUUGCUGAACGCCGCGCCACCUCGGUGGUCGCAGCGCCCCGUGGCGAACGAGCCCUUCAAAUACGUGCAGCCCAACCGCAUCAGGAGGCCACCGCCACCGCCACAGGCGCCCACCGAUUAUGAGGCAGAGGAAGCCCUCCCACCUGGGGCCAGGCCGCGCUACUAUCAGAAGCCAUUUAAGGCGUCCGAGGAGGACGCUCUCUUUACGAGGUACCACGAACCGGCGCGAGAGCGGCACCCGCACGUCGGCCAGGCGUCGCAGGGCUCGGCGGACGUGCGGCUGGCCCACGGGCCGACCGCGGCGCCGCGGGGCGACGUGCUGCUCGUGGAGCCCGUGCGCCAGAGGCCGUACGGCAAGCGCUUUCAAGUCGUCACCACCACCGAGCCGUCCACGACCAGAGACGUGGCGAAGAAGAUAAACUUCUCCUACCAUCCCAUCAUCGACUACAUCACAAGAUAGCCGCCGUGCGAGCAAUCCUUUUCAUCCCUUUCGAUGUCAUGCUUGCCUCUUUUGUUUCUCUGUGUUUGCUCACACGAAUGCGGCUUAUCGACGCAGUAACUGUAGUCAAGGUGGACCUCCUCAGAAGCGGCAAGGCUCCAAGAAAUGGACCCGCCGUACAGCGCUUCAAGGCCGGCCACGACGCAGGUUGCUUCAAAGCCACCCAGUUCAUACGACCUGACGCCCCGGUGUUUGUCUUAUGUCAAGCUCGCGUUAAUGUACGAGAUAAAUAGUGCCCAGUAAAAUUUAUAAGAGUAGCAGCCUGAAAAAAAAAAAGCCUAAUCGUUGUACAAUGGUCAAAACCGUGCUCCAUGAUGGAAAAUUGAGCACAGUGCGGGAGUAAAAUAACUGUGAACCAUGUGAUUGCAGAAAGGCGCCUAUUCGUUAAAUACGUCGCCGGCUUUCUAUGCACGAAGGCGUCCAUAAAUUCGUAAGUCCACGUUUAACGAGAGGUUCUCAGAGUAAUGGUGUUUCCAUUUUUUUUAUUUCUCUGUUCCCUUGCUGUAAUUUACAAAAAACGUGUGGGCUCCAAGGAGGAAAAACAAGAGACAAAACAAGAUAAAAAAGAAGAAUGGUAAAAUCGACGCUGCUAAUCUGGAACCUCUCACCAUACCUAAGCAUUUGAUCAUGCAAUGUAAGCAUUUGUGUAUUCAAGGUUAUUAUGGAGAAGGCUGCUCGACUAACCGAAAAGGUAGUCAACGCUUCGGCCUGCCAAUAAUUCAAAUGUCCUUCUCCAGGUAGGCUCAACGAUACACAUUUCACGUUGCACUUAGAUUGUAAAGCAUUGUUUAAUUCAAGCUUUUUCAUGCGGCGCUAUGCUUGGGGAAUAAGCAAGGUAAUACUUGCCUCUUAGGACGAAGCUUCCAACAUUCACGUGCUAGUUGUGUUAUUAUUAUAGCUGUUUUCACCAAACAUUACAACUGCAAUUACUCCCCUCUCCAUGUGGCGUGAAAGCUCGCUGUCUAUGCUACGUCUUCCAGAGCCAGUUUGGGGCGGAAUGAACGAUGCUCUUCGUUCGCGAGUGCCCUUUGUCUUUGGCCGGUCGUCUUCGCUAACGAUAUGUGCAGUAUCACGCAUGGCCGGAAUGUUCUCUUGCCAAGAAAUUGAGCGCAAGAGGUUUAAGGUAACACGGGCUCUGGGUGUGUUGCCUGUGAAGUCGUUCUGUACACAAGUGCAAGCAUUUUCUUGUGUUCGAUAUCUUUGCGACCAGCUAACGAGUCGCGGUAUUUCCUCUCAGUAGAGGUUUAGAUGUCUCUGUAUGUCUGGUGUUACUAUUUGUUCGUGGCUUGUGUAAAAACCAGGGACCGAAUUUUGCGAAGUUUCUCUUUUGUAAGCGCUGAUUGCCAUUGGCCAGUCGGGUGAACGCUACGGCAACGCCCAGCAGUGUGAUUGGCUCAAUUUUUUUUCUUACAUAUAAUUUUACGAUAACAGUUUUUCUGAAUAUGGGCCACGGAUCCAAAAUUACAAAGCUUUUAUUUGUCCUCUUUGGGUUGGCCGGUAAUGUCGUCUAAUAUUAUAACCAUGCGGCAGGAUUGGCUCGCGUUUGCUCUUAUGAGCAAUUAUGGCGCAAGGAGUUUUGUUUUCUUUCUUUUGUGUGUGUGUGUGUUUGUGUUUGCGCGAAUACCGGCCAAAAUGAUUUAAUUUACAUGCACCGCAAGCCUACACAAAUGUUUGAAACAUUAUUUUGUCUUGCAACAGAUUUUUGUCUCAAUAUGUGUUAACACCCUAACGUAUCUUUGUACUAAAAUCAAGUGACUUCUUUCUUGAAAAGUGAAAUAUAGUUGCUGAACAGAAAACUGUACGUGGAAGUCCGUCGAGCGAAACAAAGUUAAGCAUAGGUUACGAAAUAUAAGGCGAAGGUUCGUGCUACUGUUCUGUGUGCUUAUAAAAGAAACAUCUUUUUUUUUUUUUGUACUGUUGGUAUUGCAGGAUAUACACAAAACCAAAGCUUACUAACCACUGAGUGUUCGCGAUCCCUAAGUAUACGGCAUUUUUGAGUAAGCAACGCAUUUUAGAGCGGCGAGCAGCAAGUAUCAAUAAGAAUUUAAUUUGCCUUGUUCUUGGAAGGCUUGAUUUUUUAUAUGAUUCACUGAGCUGCAAACAAAAAAAAAAAAAGUUGAAUGCUACGCUUUCCGCUAAGCCGUCGCAGAGGUGUUGCUUUUACUCCGAAGCCCUUUUUCCUCCUUCCCUUUUCCUUUACUUUUUUUUUUCGUGAGUGUUGUGCUGUGUGAAUAGUCGUGCUGUGUGCCUUUCUGUACAGUAGUUCCUGGUUCGCCACUACUGCCAUCGAUUUUGCUACGUCGCAAGCUCGCGUUUGCACAUUAUUUAUUGUUGUACCAUAGGCGCUCUGUCCUUCUUUCAUGUGAUCGUGUCGCUAAUCGCAAGACUGUAGCAGGCAUUGUUGUAUUUCAUUUUUAAACCAGUUCACAUACACAAAGAAGGAUAUGUAUAUGCUGUUGCUAAUAAAGAAGUACUCAGCGUAUGCGCAAGAA